GGAAUUCUAGGUGCCAUUCUUCAUGUAUAAAUGAUUUUCAAUUACCAAGUCAAGUGCUCCACCAUCCCAAUUCCUCUCUCUCUUCUUACUCCGUCCAAAAUCUUCAAUCUUUUAUUGUUUCAUAGCCCAGAUAAAAGUCAGCGCCGUCCUUUGUGCCUCUCUCUCUUUUAAUUCUUGCCCAAUUAUUUCAGAAAAAAGGACCAAGCUAGACUGGUUUGUUGAUAGUUUCAAGGUUGAUUUGUGGGCUAAAAUGGGUGAGAGAUUGUAUCCGGUUAGUGGGGUUGUUGCAGAGAACUGGGAUCUGUAUGCGGUGGUCAGAAGUUGCUCUUCCGCCAUUGAUGCCAGCUCUGCAACCACAACUAGUAAUAUCACCCAUGAAAAUAGCACCAGUGUUUCAGAGAAUCCUUUGUCUUUUUUGGCUUCUUUGAAGUUCGAAGAAGAGGAAGAUCCGUUUUCGUUUCCUAAUCUUGUACAGGAGAGGAACAAUGGUUUUGAAGAAUUACAAGAUUCUUUCAAGUCCUUUCUCUCAAACACUACAGCCAUCACCAACACCGCUAGCAAAGAUGACAUUUUGAGCUCUUCUGGUUCUGUCAUUGGAGGAUUGAAUUUGAGCAGCCAACAACAAGAAGUAAAAACAAGCAUCAAUUCUCCUCUUUUUGUCUUCCGAGACCCCAAAAAUCAACCAUCACGACAUUUACAGCAACAAUCACAGCGUCUGCAGCAAGAUUUACAACAAAAGCCAUCUGGGUCCAUUGCUUUACGGCCCAUGCAAUCUCAGCCACCUCGAUCCAGAAAGAGGAAGACCCCGCAAAAGAGAAUGGUAUGUCAUGUCACGGCUGAGAAUCUCUCUACUGAUUUGUGGGCUUGGCGUAAAUACGGGCAAAAACCAAUCAAAGGCUCGCCAUAUCCUAGAAACUACUACAGGUGCAGUAGCUCAAAAGGCUGUGCAGCAAGAAAGCAAGUGGAACGCAGCAACACGGAUCCCAAUUUAUUCAUUGUGAGCUACACAGGCGACCACCAGCAUCCUCGGCCGACUCACAGAAACUCACUGGCUGGAAGCACAAGAAACAAAUUCUCAAGAACUCAAACUCCCCUUACGAAGAAUAAUAAUGAUAAAGAUGCUGCAGCCCAGCCGCCCACCACUAACGCUUCAUGCUCCUCCCCUCUCUCGUCCACCAGCAACUCGCCGACGGCCCUAGAGGAAGCAAAGAAUCAAUCCGAGGCAGCUGAGAUAAACAGUGAGAUGGUGGAACUAGAAGAAGAGGUUGAUGAUGAAGACGAUCUUCUUAUCCCAAACUUAGCAGCAGCUAUUAAUGAAGAUCUUUUCAAAGGGCUUGAAGACCUCAGUUCUUGUGUUGCUAGUUGUAGUAGUAAUAGAAGAGAAGAAGGUGGCGGGUAAGAGCACAGCAGCCCAGUUCCCUCCACCUACGGUGGCUUCUAGUCGCCGGAAUUUAAUUUAAAUGUUUCUGUAAGCUUAAUUUCCUUUCAAUCCUUUUGGUUAUCAAAGAUUAACACCUAAUUAACA